UUGGUUUAGGAUUUAGUAAUUAGAGUUUAUUGAUUAGUAUCUAGAGAGUGAAAGUAAAACUAGAAUUACCUUUAAAUUUUAAUAUUGAACCGUUACAUACAGCACACUCUCGUGCUAAUGUUUGAUAUUUAGUAAAAAUUAUAUUUUCUGACACUCUUCUGACACAUAACUACUUCCCUGUAAUACCUUUCCAAUUCUUCUAUUGGAUGCCUACCUAUAAUAAACAAUGGACCUAUCUACCCUACGUGCAAAUCGAUUUGGACAAUAAGGUAACUUCACUUUGCUUCAGCUAUCCGGUUACCUAAAUAACAUUUUGUUUGCAUGGAUUCCUAAUUAUCUUUGUGGUUUUCCAGCCAAUUUGGCCUAUAUUCAAAUAUGUAAUGGAUUUGAUUUUUAAUAUUUAUAUAACUAAAUUCACAAAUUUAUCUAUAAUUAAAUUUAACGGUUUGAAGUCUACUUACAUUUUCUUGAAAUAAAUUUAGUAUUAUUUAUUUAUAUUUUAUAUUUUUAUUAUGUCAAACUGAAUAUAAAAAUAAUAUUAUAUAUAUUAUUACAUUUUCUGAAUUAGUUUAUUAAUUUUGUAGUCUCUAAAAAUAGAAAAUAAUGAAGGAUACUAUCAUUUUAAUUCAAACCCUUAUUAAAAAUAACAAUAUGAUCUCGAAAUUCGUUUCAUUAUUUAUUUGUCUAUAAUAUCAUUUUCUAUAGUGAUUUAAAUGAUUCAUAAAUUUAUAUAAAAUCAUAUAAAAUAGUUUUUAUAAUAACUUUCCGCCCGUAGAACGAACCGAUCCUAGUAUCAAAUAAUUUUGUCUCACUAAUAAGCCCUUAGAAAAUGAUAAAAUCGAAUUGGUAAAAGAAAAAAAAAACCAACGGGUCAGGGCCCAAUAACCCGAUUACCGAGUCGAACUCGCGCUGUAAAAUCUUCUUCUUUUGUUUUGGCCAUUGUGCGUAAGAUUAGGGCUCGUCGUUUCUCUGUGUGCUUCGCUUCUUCUCUCUAUCUCUUGGAAUCGUCACAUCCCUCGAAGUACAUCGUUAAUGGCGGUUCUCGGACUCUAGCAAGCUUUCAUCAAUCAAUCAUUAUCCAUUCUCUAUCAAUCCUUCACUUGGUAAAUCAAAAUCUCAAAGGCUAUGUCAGGUCUUCUUAAUGGUUCACGUUUCUAGAUUCAUCUCUUUCUAUCUCUCUCUCUCCGGUGUGCAGGAAUCUCUUGGAUCUUAGAUUCGGUUGAUUCAAAUCUAAGGAACUCGAUUUGGGAUUAGGUUAGGUUGUGGUAAUGGAGGCGAAGGUUCCUCGACCAAGGGGGAGACCGAGGAAACGCCAGAAACUAGAGGUUGAUUAUCGAACGCCUAAUGCGAAAUUGAACAAUCGAGGGAAGAAGCAGGUUCUGGAAGUGGAGCCGGCUGUGCCGAUAUCUCUUCUGGGUCGUUAUGUGCUGAAAGCUUUCGGCAAAGAUGGAGCUUUUCUAGGGAAGAUAGUGUCUUACGAGACUGGUUUAUACAGAGUGGAAUACGAAGAUGGUGAUUUUGAGGAUAUGGAAAGUGGUGAUCUUCGUCCUUUUCUUAUUGAGGAUAGUUGUAGCUUGGAAGAUGAGCUAUGCCUUCGAAGGAGUAAGCUAGAUAAACUCAUUGUGAAGAAGGAGGUGAAGAAGAAAAAAAAUCACCCGGAGAACAAAGGGAAUGGAGUCAAGGCCUCAACUUCUGAGGCAGAAUGUGAAGAUGGUGAUUCAGAAUCCUCUGAUUGUGAAGACGAGAGAGGUUCAGUUUUUGAAAAUGAUGCUCCUGUUCUUCUGCCUGUUGAUUUACCACCUUCAUCAGGAACAGUUGGUAUCCCAGAGGAUGCUGUGGUACAUCUCUUUUCUGUGUACGGGUUCUUAAGGUCGUUCAGUUUUCAGCUGUAUAUCUGCCCAUUUGAACUGGAUGAUUUUGUGGGAGCGUUGAAAUUCUCAGGACCAAAUUCUUUGUUGGAUUCUGUUCAUGUGGCCCUGAUGCGGGCAUUGAAGGGUCAUCUUGAGAGGCUCUCCGCAGACGAGUCUGACCUGGCUUCAAAAUGCUUGAAGUGCAUUGAUUGGAGCUUGCUCGAUGUGCUAACUUGGCCUGUUUAUUUGGUUCAAUACUUAACUGCAAUGGCGCAUGCAAGUGGGCCUCAGUGGAAUUGGUUUUACAAAUUUGUCCUGGAAAUGGAGUAUUAUUCUUUACCCGUUGGGAUGAAAUUGAAGAUCCUGCAAAUUCUUUGUGAUGAUAUCUUUGAUGUGGUAGAUCUAAGAAGCGAAAUAGAUGCACGUGAAGAAUCUGAAAUUGGAUUUGAUCCUGACAGAAUUGCCACCAAUCUUCCUGAAAGCAGACCUAGACGGGUCCACCCCAGAUUCUCUAAAACCUCAGCUUGCAUGGAGAAAGGGGCUGUAGAUAUGGUCCCAAUAAAGCAUGGGAUAAGCUCAGCAAACGCGUCUAAAAAUUUAGGUUCAAAUGAAGUUAACUCAGAUAUGGAUGAAAACAGCGAUGAAUGUAGGAUUUGUGGAAUGGAUGGGACUUUGCUUUGUUGUGAUGGAUGUCCUUUAGCAUAUCACUCACGAUGCAUUGGUGUGGUGAAAAUGUAUAUACCAGACGGGCCAUGGUUUUGUCCAGAGUGCUCUAUCAACAAAAAGGGGCCGAAGAUUGCUCAUGGAACCUCACUAAGAGGAGCUGUACAGUUUGGAAUGGAUCCUCAUGGGCGGCUCUUCUUGGGUACUUGCAAUCACUUGCUGGUGCUUAACGUAUCUGUCAAUGGAGAUACAGCUGUAAAGUACUACAGCGUCAAUGACUUAUCAAAAGUUGUACGAGUGCUUUUAUCAGCAUCAAGCCAUGCGCUAGAAUAUCUGGAUAUUUGCAAAGCGAUCGCCCAAUACUGGGAACUUCCCGAAGGUAUUAUUUUCUCUUUGAGAGAAAGAGAUAUUGGUUUAGAUGAGGCAAAGGAUAAAGUGGAUGCCAAGGUUACAGAGAUCAAGUCCGAUGGUGCAAAUAUUUCCAGUAGAAACGACAUCCAAACUGUGUUUGACCUACCGACAUCUGCUUUGAGUAAUACUCGAAAUGGUGUUAUAGAAGGUUCAAGUGGAAUGCAUGAGAAGAAAUUGGCUGCUGGUGUUACAUACUCCGGCUUGUUAUUUAAACCCCAAGCGUACAAUAAUCAUUACACAAACGGGGAGUUGGCUGUAUCGGCUGCUGCCACUUUGGCUGAUCUAACAUCAGAGGAAGCCCAUGAACCUGAUCUUCGCAAGUACAGUACUGCCAAGAAAGCUGCAUCAAAUAACAUCUUAGUGCAGAUGAAAGCAUUUUCAUUAGUAGCUUCACGUUUCUUCUGGCCAAGUCCUGAUAAAAAGGAAAUUACCAGAGAGAGGUGUGGUUGGUGUCAUUCUUGCAAACUCACAUCUGCAAGCAAGAGAGGAUGCAUGUUAAAUGCAGCUGUAUCGGGUGCCACUAAGGGUGCUAUGAAGAUCUUCAGUGGACUUUUUCCUCUAAGGAAUGGGGAUGGAGUGCUUUCAAGUAUUGCAGCAUAUGCUCUAUAUCUAGAGGAAAGCUUGCGUGGUCUGACUGCCGGCCCAUUUCUCAGUGAAACUCUCAGAAAACAGUGGCGUAAGCAGGUAGAGGAAGCCUCAACAUGCAAAGCCGUAAAAGCACUCCUACUUGAACUUGAGGAAAAUAUUUGCAGUAUUGCUCUGUCAACCGAUUGGUUUAAACUGAUGGACGAUUGGUUAAUAGAACUCUCUAUGUUCCCAAGUGCUCCGCUUACUGUUGUGGUUGCACAGAAACGUGGACCUGGUAGGAGGAGGCAAAGGAACCUCGCUGAAGUUACAGCUGAAGGUUCUGAAGAUGAUAGCUUUACUUGGUGGAGAGGAGGGAAGUUAUCAAAAGUUAUACUUUCGAAAGCAGUUUUGUCACAGUCAGCAAUAAGGAAAGCAGCUUGUCAAGGCGGUUCUAAAAAGAUAUCUGGAUUUAGUUAUGGUGAUGCUUCUUACAUCCCUAAGAGAAGUAGACGGUCUAUUUGGAAAGCUGCAGUUGAAAGUAGCAAGAACAUAUCUCAGCUUGCUCUUCAGGUAAGGUAUCUGGAUAUGAGUAUAAGGUGGAGUGAACUUGUAAGGCCAGAGCAAAAUCUCCAGGAUGUCAAAGGCCUAGAGACAGAUGCCAACGUUUUUAGAAAUGCUCGAAUAUGUGACAAAAAGAUUAGUGAUACCAAGGUUAGCUACGGAGUUUUCUUUGGAAAUCAAAAGCAUCUGCCAUCACGAGUCAUGAAGAACAUAAUCGAGGUCGAGAAAACCCAAGAUGGAAAUGAAAAGUAUUGGUUUCAGGAAGCACGUGUUCCCUUAUACCUGAUCAAAGAAUUUGAAGAGAGCUUGCAUAGAGUACCAAUGCCACCAACCAAGAAGCCAUCAAAUAAAUUAUCGAAGCUGCAGAAAAAGCAGCUGAAAGCUUCCCGCACUGACUUAUUUUCAUAUAUAGCCUCAAGGAGGGACAACAUGGAGAAAUGUUCUUGUGCGUCAUGUUAUCAUGAUGUUCUGCUGCGGGAUACAACAACAUGCAGUUCCUGCCAAGGAUUUUGUCACAAUGAGUGCACUUGGAAAUCGCAACACACAAAUGGAAAAAUUGAAGUUGUAGUCACCUGCAAAAAGUGCUAUCUUGCAAAAACUCGUCUUCCAACAAAUAUCAACCACAGACAACCGACAACACCCCAGCUCACGAUCACCGGACGACAUCAAAGUAUAGUCACUCCAGUCAUUAAGAUUAAGCCUCCUAGUCAACAGUUAUCAUCCCAGAAAACACAGGAGAAGCCUUCUGGAAUCAAACAAGUCGCUCCUGCUUCCGCUGUUGCAUCCAAUAGUAAACCGAAGACAUUGUCCUGUGGAAUCAUGUGGAGGAAAAAGAACUUGGAGGACACAGGCGUUGAUUUCAGGAAACAAAACAUUCUCUUGGCUGGAAGAUCAGAUAAACCCAAUCUGGAACCGGUUUGUGGGCUCUGCCAGAAGCCGUACAAUCCUGGGUUGACGUAUAUUCACUGUACAAAAUGCGAAAAGUGGUUCCACACUGAAGCUGUUAAGCUGGAGGAGUCACAAAUUCCUGAAGUGGUUGGGUUCAAAUGUUGCAAAUGUCGUCGUAUACGACAGCCUGAAUGCCCUUACAUCGAUCCAAAACUCAGAGAACAGAAGGAGAUCAAAAGAUUAGUCUUCAAGAACCAGAAACAAAGGCAAGGAAGCUCCGGGUUGGAUUCUGAUUCGGAAAGAAUGUCAGAACAACAAGACUCGAAACCUUCUACUCCUAUGCCUGCUACUCCUAUGUUUCCACCUAUGGACGCUUUUUUCCCCGAGGAUGAUCCGCUUCUGGUAUCAGUUUCCAAAGUUGAACAAAUCACACCAACUAAUUUCGAUCUUGAGUGGAACACGGGUGCUUCUGCACCUGGACCUGGUCCUCAGAAGCUACCAGUGAGAAGACAAGCGAAACGAGAGGACUGUAAUGCCGAGCCACAGCCUAUGGUGAAACCCGAAGAAGCCGAGCAAGCUUUGCCUGUUGUCUCGGACUGGGAUGCGUCUGGCGAGCUACUAUUCGACUACGAGGACAUGGAAUUUGAACCUCAGACCUAUUUCUCAUUGACCGAGUUGCUAACAGCCGAUGAUAGCAAUGGUCAGGGUGAGAUCAAUGGAGAUAAGGAUGUUCCAGUAAUUAACCCUCAAGGAGAAACAACAGAAGAAGAAUAUGAAGAGAUGGGGCCAUGUCAGAGAUGUUCGCAGAUUGAGCCAGUGCCUGAUCUGUUCUGCACGGUCUGUGGAUUGCUAAUACAUUCUCACUGCUCUCCAUGGGAGGAACCAUUGUCCUUCCCCGGAACUAGCUGGAGCUGUGGUCAGUGCCGUGAGUGGCAGUAGCAGUAGCUGGACUCUGGCUUUGUGGGUCUCUUCCGCCAAAUUGACUAGCGACAUUCUUUGUUUUUCCUUGACACAAUGAUUCGUUUCCUCAGUUGGCUUAUUAUGGCGGAUGAGCUUGUAAUUUCUUUAUGGGUUUUUCGUGGUAUAUAUAAUGGAUACGUGUUUUCUUCA